CUGACAAGACUUGGUGCUUCCAGUCGUACGCCGCGUUAUUUUUUUACAUUAUUAAGUUCCCCAAAAGAAAUGACAAUAGUAGUUUUCAAUGUUCCCAAGUGUCGUAUGGUGAUCGUAAACUAGCAAGCUGCAAGGAUCGAGUGGCCGACAAGUUGCAAGGCGUUUUUAUCGCAGUCAGUUUUAGAGCGCGAGCGGGGACGGCCGCGUCGCUGCAAUCUCUGAAUCUCGCGUGUGUCGUGACUAACGUGAUGCUAGUGUAAUCGCGCUCAUUAUACUAUAGUGUUUUUUAUUAUAGUAUUGUCCGAGUGACGUCUCGCUUAAGCAUGCUGAUGGUACAGACGAACGCCCACCCCAUGAAAACAACAAAAAUAAAGGGACCGCCACCUGUACCCCCGCGGCCCAGUCAGAGCAUGGUCGCAGAAGCGCUUGCGAAGACGAGAAAAGCAGUUGCCGAUUCAAAGGCCAAUUUAACCAAGACUAGAACCUUCACUAAGCAUGAAAACCCUCAGGUUUCAUCGAAAGCGAAAACUUUAGAUCGAAACAGUACUAAUAAACCUUCUGUGUCGCCUAGGCAAAACGGUCUCGCACGCGUCAAGUCUUUUAUCAAAGAUGUGAUAAGUGAUCGAAGCUCUUCAUCCGAUGAGAGGAAGUCUAGCGGGCAGAAUUCCAGAAGGAGCUCCAGUGACAGUAGCUCUGUUAAUUCGCCCUCUUCUACUAAGAAGUCGAACGAAUCCCUAAAUUCUAGAGCUGUAAAAACUUGUAAACAAAUAUUAGUUCGAUCACUUUCAACUUCAAAUAAAUUAGACCAGGAUGCUAAGUGCAAAGUUUCGAAAUCAUCUAGUUUCGCGGAAAAAACAUUACCUUUACGUAAAGCCCCACCGCCUCCGUUAUCCCCUAAGCCUAAAAUUAAACCAAUGAGACCAACACCUAUAAGUAAUUCUUUAAAAGCAAAUAAACCAAAAAUUGAGCCGGAAGUUAGUCCCUAUUCGCUACCCGUAGACGCAGAACCCACAGUCCCCAGCAGUCCGGUUCCCGAAGCACCAUACGCUACUGUAGAAGAAAUUAACCAUAACGAGACUAGUGUAGAAAAAAGUUUAAACGAUGAUAACAUGCAAAAUAAACAAAUCGAGAACGAUAAUUCGAAAGGGGACGUAAAUGUAAACAACAACAAUUCCCUUGAAAGAAAAACUUCUCGAGUAACAGAGAUGCUGAUUUCUGAGAUUCUCGCCAGUAGAAACAAUAAUAAAGACGAAGCCAACACCGUUAUAGAUAAAGGCAAAGAUUCCACGAAUUUAACUAACGACUGCGGCUCGCCCGAAAUGGGAAUGAUGAAGGACAUGAAUAAUCACGAAAUGCUGAUUUAUGAGCUGCAAACUAUGCAUUCGCAAUCCAAUGUGCCUGAAGUGUUGGAUAAUGAUGACGAGAAGAAUGGGAAUUGUGAAUCUGAUUCGGAGGAACCGAAUUACGCGGUGUCGUCUGUAGCGAGCGGGAAUACGGAUGACGGAUAUGAUCAAGCGUAUGCUUAUAUCGUUGACGAUGAUCUCAAAUCUAGACUACGCAAGCAGUUCAAAGCAAUAAGCACGAUGUCGUUGCAAGGUCUACCACCCUUACCCAAGAGUCUCAGCGGCUUCGCUGACGGGGAGCCGAUGCAGGAGCCGUCGCCGACAAGUGACGAGACCCCGCCCACUGAUCUGGACGGACAACUCGUUUAUUUGAAGAAGGAAAUGGCCAGCCUUCGACAACUGGAUCUCUCCCUGCUCUCCGAGCUGUGGUCCCUCAGCGAAGCGAUGGCGUCCUGGAGGCGGCAGCUGGAGCGCGGGCCGCGGCUCCGACCCGCCCCGCCGCCGCCUCCACCACCGCAUUACCUUAGAACAUAAUAAAACAUACAAAUAUACCUGUGCAAUUUCAUUCAUAAACCAAUGUACAUAAUUACAAUGUUCCAAAUGUGAUUUUUUUAUUGUAACAAUUUAAAUAAUGCAUUCAGUAGGUACUCCCAUUAUAUGUGGCAUGGUAAAACAACAUAACUGUGAAAUUAUCUCGAAGCCAAAAUUAAAAAUAUCGUCCCUUUGACAGUGCCUUUCCCGCGUAAAUUUGACGUUAGCUUUUUGGUCAAUGCAAUCUUUUAAAAUGGAUUGUGUCUAACAAUAAAAAAUGUUGUGUGGUUUUAUAAAACCACGGUAAAAGUGAAACUUUUUUUCACACUAUACCUAGACAUUUAACUAAAAAUUAUCGUACGUCUCGUGCGUCACGCGACAUGCGCUACACAGACCAAAAAGUUUGAGACGAUGUAAUAAAAGUUUCACUUUAAUAAUACCUAUUUAAGUAAAUAUGGUUUGACUAGUUACUAAAUAAUGCGACCCUAUUUAUGGAGCUCAAUAGCUAUUUUACUUAUUGUACUUGUUUGAAAACAACAUGCAAGAAUGUUUUGUAGCGUCAAAUUGGAACAUUUUUUUUUAAAUAAUGGUUCUAUCUUACUUAUGUAGUGACGAGCUAUGUGUUUCAUGCUGUGGUUUCACGUCUUUUCUUGCUCAUUAUGUUGAUUGAUUGGCAAUUAGCAUGCUUUCCGAUUCACGUGAUUAGUUUGUGAAUUUUUACAUAGGACUUUCGAUCGCGUUUACAUGUACAAUACCAAUUUGAUUUUAAUACUGUGAAUAUAAUAAUGUAAUACUUUUUCUAUUAUUUCUGUACUAAAUGACACUUUUCUAAUUAGUAUUUUAUAAUAAAGUUCUACUACUUUAUUAGGUUAAAGAUGAAACACAUAGAUAUCGUAUCCUAGGUACCUGAUAUUUAUAUUUUCAAUGCCUAUGCCAUUUGCAUUUCAGAAAUCAGUGUCCACGUGUCCCGGCAAUAAAUUUUAAGUAUUGUAGAAGUGUUGUAAAGCAUGUAAACUAAUAAACAUUUAGGUUUUUAAUAAAUAAUUUAAAAUUAAAA